AUGCCUGCAGGGGAAGACGACCUUGGAGGGGCGGCUUCCGCCUCUUCAGCAGUCUUUGGCCGAGUAGGAUCGGUGUCACGGGGAGCAGAGCAAAGGCCUCUGUUGCCCGAAGUCGAACGAAGAAAAUCGAAGAUGCUUCUUUCUGUCCAGGCUGACGCUGGCAAGGGUUUCGUCUUCGCUGUCCGCCUUUCAAAAUGGUAUAUCUUCUACUGCGCCUUGAUGGCCUUGGCAACUCUUGGCUUGGUCAUCUACAUGAUCGCCGACGUUCAUGUGAAGGGACAUUCGAUGCCGAUUUGGGCGGUCGCCGUCGAUGGAGUCAUUACGGUGACGCUCUGCGUUGAGACUGCGUUGGACAUUCACUUCAUCGGACACGUUGGAGUGAUUAAGAAUUUCGAUCAGUUCGUCACCAUUCUUUUGCUUACCUGUCGUUACACCGCACAGGCGGUCAGAAUUAUCCGCUUCGUCCGCACCGGUGCCGAGGCGCAAGAUGUGCAGACUGCGGUUGAAGAACAACCCAUUAUUUUCGAUCCUCACGCGGCGAGUGCUGGACGCGUUUUCGGGAACGAAUUCGAAGCAAACGAUCAACACGUCCGCGUCGAUGCCAUGUGA